UGGGUGACGGAGGUCGGGGAACUAGCCGCACCGACAGCGCGGUCGAGUUGGGAUUGCUGCUGGCUGUGGGUCCGGCAACACCUUCGGAAGCAGAAGUAGGCAAGACCGGCGGGUACUGGGAACCGAGGUGGAGGCAGUCCCCGCGGGUCUGUGAAGUAGUCGGUGUCCCCAGCGGGCGCCAGUCAGAUUUAAGAAAAAGGAGAAAUCACUUCUAACUUUAUUGAAUAGUAAUAGCUAAGUGACACUGGAAACAAUGGCGUUACCAUUCCGGAAGGACUUAGAAAAGUACAAGGACCUGGAUGAAGAUGAGCUCCUUGAGAACCUUUCAGAAACAGAACUGAAACAGCUGGAAACUGUUCUGGAUGAUCUUGACCCUGAGAAUGCCCUUCUGCCCGCAGGGUUCCGGCAGAAGAACCAGACCUCGAAGCCCGCCACGGGGCCGUUUGAUAGAGAGCAUCUGCUGUCAUAUCUGGAGAAGGAGGCUCUGGAGUAUAAGGACCGGGAAGACUACGUGCCCUACACUGGAGAAAAAAAAGGGAAAAUAUUUAUCCCUAAACAGAAGCCUAUGCAGACUCUUACAGAAGAAAAAGUAUCUCUUGAUCCAGAAUUAGAAGAAGCUCUGACAGCUGCUUCUGACACAGAAUUGUGUGACCUCGCAGCUAUUCUUGGGAUGCACAAUUUGAUAACAAAUACACAGUUCUGUAAUAUAGUGGGAAGUAGUAAUGGUGUUGACCAAGAACAUUUUUCAAAUGUGGUAAAAGGUGAAAAGAUUCUUCCAGUGUUUGAUGAGCCACCAAAUCCAACCAACGUUGAAGAGAGUUUAAAGAGAAUUAAAGAGAAUGAUGUUCAUCUUGUUGAAGUUAAUUUGAAUAAUAUAAAGAAUAUUCCAAUUCCAACCCUAAAAGAUUUUGCGAAGGCUUUGGAAACCAAUACACACGUGAAAUAUUUCAGUCUUGCAGCCACACGAAGCAAUGACCCUGUUGCUAUUGCUUUUGCAGAUAUGCUGAGAGUGAACAAAAAUUUGAAGAGCUUAAAUGUGGAGUCCAACUUUAUUACAGCAACUGGGAUUCUAGCACUCAUCGAUGCUCUAAGAGAUAAUGAGGCCCUGACAGAGCUCAAGGUUGACAAUCAGAGGCAGCAGCUGGGGACAGCUGUAGAACUGGAAAUGGCCAAGAUGCUUGAGGAAAACACAAAUAUCCUUAAAUUUGGAUAUCAGUUUACACAGCAGGGACCCCGAACCAGGGCAGCAAAUGCUAUAACGAAAAACAAUGACUUAGUCCGCAAGAGACGGGUUGAAGGAGACCAGCAGUGAGCCCGCCACGGUGCAUACGCCUUAGCAGGACUCCGAGAGGGCACCAAGGACUCGAGCUGGUGAUACCAGAUACAGAAUUUUUUCUGGGCAGAAGGGAAAAGACUGGAACUCUUUCUUCAUUUUUUUUUAUCUACAUGUAUAUUUUUUUCUAGUUUAAGUUACCAGUUUCAAAUUGUAAAACAGUAGGUGAUAUUUUAUACUUUAAAGCAUUAUUUUUACUUUCUGCUAAAAAUCAAUUUAAAUUUAGCUUAAUUGAGAGGUUUAUGAUGGGUCUUGGUAAAAUAAAAUACAGUUAUAAGGAAAUUAGUCACUUAUGUAGAAUAAUAUGAACAAUUUAAAGACCAGUCUUUAAAAAAAAGGGGGGGGGACAUUGGCUGAAGUCAGAAUUGCUGUUGCACCUCUGAGGUACAAGGAGCUCCAAAGCUUCCCUCGUUCCAGGACAUGGAGAGCUUUUGUGUUUCAGAAUACGUGAACUUGGCAAGAGUGUGCUUUUUGCUCCAGUCAGGAAAGCACAGUGACAGAAUCUUCAAAACAGAUGACUCAAAGUCUGGUCAUCCAUUUAGAAGUCAGAGCAGAUCUCUGGGAGAGAGAAAGUGCAUUCCGGCUCACUGCCCUUGUCUCAUGUGUCUUAGCAGCACCUGAAGUUUUAAGAGUAUAAUGAUGUCUAGACUCACAGUUUUUCACUUUAUUAUGUGGACAUUAUUAAUUUUUUUGUACAAGCCCGUAGUAAAAGCAUCUGAAUAGGAAAGCUGUUUUCUUUCCUGUAAAAGGGCAGUAGCCAGCACUCGGUCGUAUAGGGUAAAAGGAAAAAGAAAGCUGUUGUCGCACGCAUGAAAUCGAAGACAGUAAACGCGACGGUGAUGAAGUCCAAGGAGCAUGCCGAGCAGUCAUUUGAACUAAUAGUGCUGCAGAGUGAAUGCGAAAUAGGCAUGUGUAUAACUCGUGUGUUGCAUACAUAGUGAGACGUUCCCUUGUGGAUGCAGGGUUCCAUAGACGGUAUUCAGUCCCCCUCUGCAGAUUUCCCAGCCAGUAAGGAAAACUGCUCUUCUUCAAUCUGAGUUUUAUUAUCUCUUUCCUUUCAUCUUGUGCUUUUUUUGUCCAUAUCAUGUAAAAGCUAUUUCUCAUAACAAAAGUUGUCUUCCUGUUACUCCAAGUGUCAAAGUGAACAACUGAACAGUAUACUGUUUUGGGAAGACUGACUCCAGAACCGCCAGCGCGACAGAGGAUUUGGACCCAUGUCCUCACCCUGUUUCAGGGCAGCCUCUGGGACAGGAGACGGCAGAGGCAUCACAGCUACCAAGGUCAGGGCCAAAGGAAUCUAGCAACCCUGGCCUCGGAAAUUCACAACCCUGGCUGUCAUUUACAGGGAGAUUUUUCUAAAGGGAAGAAUCUCAUAUCAGAGUAGCAGAGAGGUUGUUACAUUUUUUUUUAAUUGAAAUUACGAAAUGUCUGCUCCUUCAGUUUAGGGUGGACAGUUUAUCCAGUGAGCUAGGCAGCUUCUGUGUGCUGUGGUAAUAAGCCUUCUCAGCCAGUGUAUUUGUUUCUUUGAGUCAGUAUUCGACAUGUUAAAGGGGCCAAAGAUUGACUUUGCACUAUUUCCUUUCACUUACAGGCUGCUGAUUUUUUGUUUAAGUGAGCACAUUUCUCUCUCUCCCUCUAUCUCCUUUUCAUAUACAACUUUGGAAAUGUACUUGAUUUUAGAGAUUGCACUACUCCUGCAGGGUGGGAAGCCGGCACAGAGCAGGUAUAUAAGACUACCAUUAAUUACACUUGGAGCAAGGCCGCCUGCUUGCACUGUCCUGUCAGUCCGUGCAUUGAUAAGUAUGUUAUCCCUUCCUCCCAGAAGGUUUUUCCUUCCUUAAAAUAGCUGGGCGAGACCUUCCCUAGAAUUGUAUGUCAUACUCAUGAGUAGUAUCUUUAUCACUUAUUAUUUAUCAGAGUAUGAAGUUGAGUGUUUUACUUACACCAUUCCAUUUCUGAGCUACAAUAGUUCAUUAUGUAACUGAAGAAAAAGACUUCAUAAAUAACAUUAAAGGUGACUGUUCAUUGAAUUGAAUACAGGAAAUUUUUUCAAGAAUUCUAAUUACAGGGGAGUAAACUGAUGUUUAGUUUGAUCUUUAAAAAUCUGGCACUUCUUAACCUUUUAGUAACUUCUACAUUGCUCUAAAAUUUAUAAUAGAGUUAUGAAAUAGUCUUGACUUUUAAACCAAAGACAUUAUAAGACCUUAAAUUUUGUAGUUUAACUAAUUUCAACUUCUCUGGUUAUCUAGUCAAAGAACACUCUUUGAGUUUUUAAAUUGCCAUUUUCUAAAACUUUUAACUUCUGAUUUUAGAAAAAUUUAAGAAAAUUUUAUAUUCAUACUUGUCCGAAGUUCUAAUUUUUCUAGUAUGUCCACAUGAAAUUACAUUGUAUUUUAAAAAUAUUAAUUACUUGUGUUGAUAUUAUUAAAAUGGAUUUUGGUGCUAUAUACUUGUACGUAGUAUAUAGAAGUCUAAAGUACCGGAGAAGUACAUUUUCUAAGGGUGCCUGUCAUUUAAAAAACUAAACAUUUUGUGUUUUAAAAAAUUAGCACAUUGUUAGAGAUUUCAAGGAGGGUAAUCUUGAUUGUUAAAUUGCAGAUUCUUGUUAUUUGAACGAAGUAACCCACAUACUUGCUUUAUGCAGUUGGUGCACUCUGGAAAAGUUACAUGUAAAUAGAACUUUGUAAGUUGUUUUUACAUUGAUAGUAUCUCGUGUUUUCAUUUAAAACGGAAUUCCAUGACAUUUAAAAAAGUUAUAAAGGAAAAAAUGGUUUUGAUAAAAUGUUAGUCAUGUUCUAUUAUAACAUUAUAUUUAACCAUUGCUGCCAUUAAAAUAAGAUGAAAAGAUUCAUGGGGUUUCAUAAAAUCUUUUCUUUUUGGCUGUGUUCCCAGGACUGCCUCACUCCCUCUUUAUAAAAUCAGGAGCCACCAUUGCCUCCCAGCAGAUCCGAAGAGCGUGCUUUCUCUGCAGUCCAUAGCAACUAACAUUCUCUGCAAGUCAUAUACUGCCCAACUUUGCUCCUUCCUUCAGUGCCACUUCACUUCUUUUAAAGAUUUUUUUCCCAGUUUUAUCCAGAUGUUAUUGACAUAUACCACUGUGUUAGUGUAAGUUACAGAACACAGUGACUUAGUAAUGAAUAUAGACAUGGCCACCACAAUAACUUGAGCUACCAUCCAUUACCUGACAUAGUUUAAAACACUUUUUUUCCUUGUGAUAAGAAGUUUUAGGCUCUCCUCUCGCAGCAACUUGCAAGCAUAUAACACAGUGUCGGUAACUGCAGUCGCCACGCUGUUUAUUACCCCCCAGGACUUACUUAUCUCAUACCUGGAAGUUGGUACCUUCCCCCCUUCACCUGUUUUUCCUCCAUCCCCUCCUCUGCCUCUGACAGCCACCAGUCUGUCUGUUUCUGUGAGUUGAGUCUUCUUAGAUUCCACACAUAAGCAAGAUCACACGUCACUUGUCUUUCUCUGACUUAUUUUACUUAAUGUCCUUGCGGCCACUUCACUUCUACAAAAACUAGACACGCGGGUGUGGCAGAGCCGCUCCUGUUGCUGCCCUCGGACGAGGCCCUUUUCAGAUCUGUCUGCUGAGAGUGGCACGCGUACGCGCGCUGACACGCACACACAUCACACGUGAAUGUCUGGUUUCCAGUAAAUGCCCACUUUCUAAUUUUUAGUCUUUUGGAUGAAUUAUAUUUGGUUUUAGUUAUGUAAAAAGCUUGAAAAUCACCUGUCUCAAAGCAUCAGUCUUUGUCACAUCAAAUAGAUACUAAGUAUAUUUUUAAUACUAAAAUAUGCUCUAGGCGCUUUAUUUUUUCAAUUUUAUAAAUAUGAAAGUUAAAUUUUAUAAUACUGAUGUCUGGAUAUUACAAAAUACUAUCAACCUGGUUCAUAAUAGUGCAGUGAAGUUCUUUUCAAAGAUAUGUACUAUAGGCAUUGAAAAUUUACCACUUCACACUGGAAUGAAUUUCAAUAAAUUUUAUCAAAUAUGCUGUAGA